AUGGACACGUUGGCCUGGCAUCUGCAUCACGAUAGACUGUGCGUCGCUCAUCUUGUGAUGGUGAUGCUUGAAGGGUCCAGGCUUGACACGCCUCGCGAAGUGAUAACAAAAUGCCACGGAGAUUUUUCGCAAGUCCGCGGCGUCGUUAAGGCCGUUCUUGUCAGAUUGCCGAGGACCCCA